GCGUUGCGCAUGACGGAGCUUCAUGGCGAGCUGGUGAGCUUGCUGGGGAGAGGAGAGAAGAAGGGGGAGUGGCUAGCAGGUCGUCUUGGUAACGAGACUUCACCAGAUGAGGAGAGCCCAGAGCUGGCGCAGGAGAGGAAGCUGAAAAGGAUGGCUGCAGUGAGGGAUGCUGAACACCAGGGUGGCGCUAUACACCACAAAACACACAUGUGGCGUCGUGAGGAGCGCUCGGAUUGGCUGCGUUCGCUGCGUGUGAUUGGCGCGAUGCGGGAUGAGAGGAAGCGUGAUGACAUCACAUCCAUGCUGAGCCGCAGCAUCACCAGCAGAGUGACUCUCUACUGCCCCCUGGCGGCCGCUCGGCCCCUAGUGGUCAAACUCACCAACCCCUAUGGAACACCUCACACCUUUAAAAUACACACCAGCAACCCAGACCUCAGUGUGGUGUGUGAUGUGCGUGAGUGGGGUGAGUUACGGGGGCGGGGGGAUGUGCAGGGUGUGUGUGUGUUGGAGGAGGGGAUGUUCAGGCUGGAUGACGCCGCUGUUCCUCACGUCUACCUGCGGCCACGAGAGACCCUACACAUCCCCUUCAAAUACCAGACCUUUACUACGCAGUCUGUGGCUCCAGUCAGAUCUCAUCAGGUGGUUCAGGAGCUGCCCUCUCCUUCUCUUGAUGUGAAAUCUAUUAAGGUGUCUUUCGUGGGCCAAGAUGACCGCCCAGUGUCCAUUGUUGAGGUUCGUGUGGAGCUGCUGCCCCACGUGGUCGACCAAACCAUCCGCUUCACACACCCUCAAAACACACAGCUCAAGAAGGCCAUACGCCUCCCACCCACAGAAGCCACUGAUCUUCGCGUGUGCUGCAAUGACCCAGAUGUCCAGUGUGAAAUCAUCAGCAAAUCACCAGGGGAGCCUCAGGAUGUUCAGGUGAAGAUGGACGGCUGCUCCAGUCCAAACAUCAAGACAUUCAACAUCAUUGUCUUCACUGACCGCUGGCGUCUGGUUCCGGCUCAGAUCUGGCAGGUGUCGGUUCACUUCCUGCAGUGGAUGGACAUCAGCUGUGUGACUGGCCAGCUGACCUGUCAGUCACUCGUGCUGAGGGGCACACAGGCCAAUAGGAGGGUCCGCUGUCACGUGUCCCACCCCCUCGAGAUAUGGGUGGACCCGUGUGAGGUGUUUGCGCUGCCUGCGCGUGCCGUGUGUGAGCUGCGCGUGUUUGUGAGGUGUGUGUCGUCAGGAGUGAAGUUCCUCCAGCUCAACGUCGUGGAUGAACAGCAGCACCAGCUAGUGGACGCCUGGAGCAUAUGUGUCAACGCACAGCCACCGGCUAUAACUAGGACCUGGGAUGUGUGUGUGCCGGUAGGAGGGGGUCGUGGCAGCACUAAGAAGUUCAGCUACACCAACCCCUACACACACACACACACCUUCACACUCCUCACAGACCAGCCGCACCUGCUGCACUUCAAACAGGACUCUUUCCAGGUGGGCGGGGGCCAGACGUAUUCUAUUGGUCUGCGUUUCGCUCCAAGUCAAAGUUGUGGACAACAAGAAAUCCUGAUUUUCAUCAAUAACCAGGACCAGCGCAACCAGGACACCUUCCGUGCACAAGUCACCUACAGCUGACACACACACACACACACACACACACACACACACACACACACACACACACACACACACACACACACACACACACACACACACAGACACACAACCAAGACACCUACUGUGUUAAGUCACCUACAGCUGACACACACACACUUGCGCACAACCAGGACGCAUACUGCGUCACAUAUAGCUGACACUACAGUAUAUACACACACACACUCACACACUCACACAUGGCACUCUGUGGAGAAGUGUACUACACACACAUUCAGUAGAUAAGUGUACCUCACACUCAGUAGAGAAAUGAACUACAUACAUGAGUCUGACGACGCUAAGAAGAGAAGUAUUCUGCAUUAAAGCAGUAUACAGUCUAAGGGACACUAAGUAUUCAUUAUAUAACAGAAGCCUACAUUACAUUACAGAUGCUAACUAGCGGUACAGUGGUGCAUAGCCCACAUUAUAUUACAGACGCUAUCUGGCGAUGCAGAAGUGCACUGUGUGAUGCUACAGAUGCUACCUAGCGCUACAGAAGUGCACUGCAAAGCCUUCACGAUGCUACAGAUGCUAAUUGUGCUAAAGCGCUUUAUGAAGGACACUAGUGUGCUAAGUAAAGGAGGGUACUGCAUACAUGACACUACCGAUACGAAGUGCACCAAAGGUGCUGUAUGCGUGCCAUUUGAGAUGCUACGUUUACUAUAGCGUACAGCCCUUUUCGGACAGGACUAGUUUUAUGUAUGGACAUAGGGUAAUGUGAUUUUAUUUUGUCCCCCCGUUAAACUAGUCCUGGCUGAAGAGGACUUUAGAAUACUGCUUACAUGCCAUUUGAGGUGCUAGAUUGACUAAGAACCUUAAAGGGCUCAGCGCUGUUGACCAACUGAGAAACAGGAGGUCAGAACAGCUCAGCUGUGUGCUGUGAAGAUGAUUACUGGGUCUUUAUGGGUCAUUCUGACUGAUAGGGAUGGGUUUGCAGGGUUUACAGGGUUAUUAUGUCAGGAUAGGGUGUGCUGGAUUUAUUGUAAUUACAUUAUGGCAGGAUAAGGGUGCAGUGUGUUAAUUAUGAUUAAUAUGAAAAGUAAUUGCUGGUUGUAAUAAAGAUCAUUAUGGCGUUUAAAAUGACAGCUCAUUUUUGUAUCUGCUCUUCAAGGCACAAUAAAUGUUUGUAAAAUA